CUUCUCUGAUUUUUCCCCUCUCCUAUCAUGGAACGUACCGUCGCGUGAGUCUGUCCGUGCCCACGAUGUUGCGCUCGCCGGUGUCGCCCGAGCGAGGGUCGUCUCGCUCUCCACUUCCUCCUCCUCCUCCUCCUCCACUACUGCCACAGCCCCCUCGCCGCUCCUUCGACGACGCCUAUGCCCGCCCCGCCUCCUCCGGCAGCGAUGCCUCCUCGAUCACCUCCAAUGUGACCACCAUCUCACCCCGCCAGUCGGCCUUCAACCCCAGUGCGGUGUCGCUGACCUCCUCUCCUCGACCGCCACGCACCUCCUCCGUCACCGCCAACACCACCGCCGUUCCCCCAAUCACCUCCUCUUCCUCCUCCACCGUCCGAUCUCCCGUCUCCUUCAUGCCUCAUAAUGAGAUUCUGAGCAGAAAACCGUCGGGUCGCGGUGGUCCCUCGGAAAUGCAGAGACGUUCUCGCCACCACUCGCAGGGCUUCUUCGAGCCGUCCCUCCCCACGGCGUCCUCCGAGGCCACCAUCUCCGCCUCCAGAAUCGCGGCCCAGGCGGCUAUGCUCCAACAACAACAGACGGCUACACAGAAUCCCCCCAAGCGCCCUCCUACCGUGCGGGGUGUUUCCGAGGACGGCUCCCGGUCCAGGCGAGGCGGGAGCGCUUCCCCUCCUCCCCCGCCACCUCCAGCACCCUUGUUUGCGCCCCCAACCUCCGGCAGUGCAUCUGGGACGUCAUAUCAGAGUGGGUCUACGACGGGAGGACAUACUCAUGCCGCGACGACGGCAGCAAAUGUGGUGUUUCCCCGCAAUCCGGCGCUGCAGCCGCCCGGGCUGGAAAUCCCCGCGGAGCGAGAGCAUAGGCACAAGGGCGAGAAAUCGAAGAUGAAGUUGUUCUCGAAGCCGAAGCAUAUUGGGAUCAGUCGCGAUAAGGACGGCGUCGGCAAGGAUCGGGGCUUACCAUCACCGAGCAAGAUGGGGUUCCCGGGCGGGGGUUUGUCGCGGAUCGUCAGUGCGUCCACCACAAGCUUGGCUGAUACGUUUCCAUCAAAUAAUACGUCUAUGUACAAUCUGUCAAAUGCGUCCGCAAGUACAGUGGUCCCAGCAGAUAAGUCGGUGGGGGUCGAGAAGGAGAAGGAGAAGGAUAAGGAUAAGCACAAGCACCACUUUUUAUCGCGUCAGAAGUUGAAGCUGAAGGACCUGAAGGAUCGGGACGAUCAUUACAACUUGCCCCUUUCAUCAGCGUCGAGUAACUCCAAGCCGUCGGAUCCGAAUGCUCCUCAGUCGCUUUACUCGUUUACACCUGCUUCGCCGGGUGCGGUGACGACUACGUUUGGGAAAAGUGUGAGCGGUCUGGACCUGCUACACGGUUUACGGGAGAAAAAGAAGGAAGAGAAGGCGCAAGAAUCGGAGCAAUUGGAAUGGGUGGCGAGCUCAUCCGGGCCUGGUGGUACAUCAGGGGGGUUUCCAGGGCCGUCGUCGCUGGGGAGCUCCACGGGGGUUCUGGCAGAGGCUGCUCUCCGGGAGACGCUCCAGGGGUUUGGAUUGAAUAAUAUGACACCGGAGGACGCAUGGGACUUUCUCAAGGCCAAGUUAAUGGUCAUAUUCGACGGGGAGGAUGUUCGCAUUGCCAUCGAGGAUCUCAACAAACUGGUUCUAAUCCACAUCCAGCGCUGUGUGCAGAAACGUACUCCAACCUCGGUCGUGGAUGACUUGCGGGAGUUGUUAGAAACGGGAUGUGCAUCUCUGAACCAUACAUUGAACGGUAUUCCAGAUGAGAAGCUGGUCCCUCAUCUGGUACAGGUAUGGAUGCUGUUGUUCGGCACAAUCCUCCCAUUCAUUCAGGCGGUCUUCUUGCCACUGGAUCUUGAGUUCAAGGGCUGCGGAUCCGUGAUGAACCGACGAGAGGCGAGCGAGUUCUGGACAUCGGCGUUCAACGGCGAGUACCCGGGCUGCGAGCUGGAGGUGCGCAACCUGGUGCUGAUUGCAUUUCGCGACAUGGUGAUCCUGUACCGGUACGACGUCCUUAAGGCGACAUUCUCGCGGCUGAGUUUGGACAGCAUCAAGCUGGGCCCGGCAGCGCUGAGCGUGACGACCAAGAGCAGUACCAACAGCAAUGGCGGACGGCCGGCAACAGCGGCGUCGCUGGACGGUGGGUUCGGCAGCUACAGCUCGCAGUCAUCGACACUGCUCAACGCGGCGGCGAACAGCUACUCGUCGGACUCGCUCAGCUGCAACCGCAGCCGGGCGGCAUCGAACACGUCCAACCCGGACCAGCUCAUCUUCCAGUCAUUCUCGUCGCCGACGCAGUGGCCGAGCAUCAUCCACCGGGCCUCGCACAUGGACACGUCCCACCUGAUCACGGAGACGGUAGGACGGAUGCUGCAGUGCCUCAGCGUCCUGGCGAGCGUGCAGACGGGUGACCGGGCACAGGAGCAGAUUGAACUUCUAAGCAAGGAGCUGAAGCACAACUGGCUGGGACGGGGACGUACCGGCCGGGACCGCCGCGGGUUCGUAGGAACCAAGAUCCGGCCGGCGAUAGUGGCGCGAACGGACAGUGACGAGUACAUGAAGGAUGGCAUGCAUGGGGAAGACUAUGGGCGUCGGGAAUUGAGUGUUUUAUGAUUGGUACUUGUUAGUAGAUCUCUUGGUAGUGCUCUUCUCCGCCACUGCCACCUCUGCCUCAAGCUCUGGUCUCGAAUCGCCGAUUCUACGUCGGCCAGACUUGCGGGGGCCCGUGCGCCUCUGGGGGUGGCGCAGGUAUGUCUUAUUGUGGCUGAUGGGAUUGGUGUGGCUUGUGUGGUUGAUUUAGAGGCGUUUGGCAGUCGGAUUUUGAUACGGGCUCGGGGAGGCGCUUGGCUUGGGGGUUCGUUUCAGUGCUUUCGUCGAGGUCCUUGCUGUAUCGUUGUUGGUCUUGUGAAUACCCUGGCGCGUUUGACCGUGAGUCCCGAGCAGUACAGACAGGGCGCAUUGGUGACUGUAUUUAAGGCGUCAGUGCAACGGGGAUAGGAGCAACAAUUGUCAAGAUGGC